UCGUGUGGCUGAACUGUGGACAGGCUCUAUGCAACACAGCCAAGAGAAAAUGAAAGUAAGAAGUCUCUGUUCUUGCAUCCACUGGACAUGGUUUAGCGAGUGUGAUUGGCAUUCUGUAAUCCACUUCCACGAAACAUGUCUGGGACACUCCAACACACUUUACUACCAUACGUGUUUGUCUUGACAUUUGACGCUAUCUUGUGGCUACUAGCUUGGCUUUUGCUAAUCACAAACAGCGUAGGUGUUACUUGGCUGUGGUGUUACAGGCUGGUAUGUUGGGGAAUACUUCAUUAUUUGGCGCAGUUGAUCAAUAUUGAGAACGGUCAGACGGUCCUGACGCGAUGGGUGGCAGCACUGUGUCUCACCUCUCCCGCGUACGAGGCUGGAAAGACUUUGGGUCUUUUCAACUCAAGUAACAACUGCACAGUUCCUGAUGUCGGAAUGGUGGUACUAUAUGUGGCCUCCGCCAGCAUGGCAUGUCUGCUGUGGGAGUGGGGUUUUCCGGACAAGGCGAAUGGUGAUAACGGAAAGGAGAAGAAGAAACAAGAGGCCCGGGCACUGCUCAUGAGGGUGAUGCGUUAUUCAGCUCCAGACUAUCUUUACCUGGCGGCUGCCUUCCUCUUCCUCACCUUGACAGCUCUGGGCGAGACAUACAUCCCAAUAUAUGUUGGGAAAGUAAUUGAUAUUCUGAGUGGUACCUAUGAUCACAACGGCUUCCUCUGGGCGAUUGGCCUCAUGGGUCUGUACUCUCUGGGAAGUUCUUUGUUUGGUGGACUACGUGGGGGUAUGUUCAUGUGCACCCUCUGUCGACUGAACAAGAGAGUACGACACAUGCUCUUUCAGAACCUAAUGCGACAGGAGAUUAACUUCUUCGAGGAAAACAAACCAGGCAGCCUCUCCUCUCGUCUCAUCUCAGACACCGAUAAGAUGGGCCGCUCCGUGGCCAUGAACGUGAACGUUCUCCUGCGCAGCCUGGUGAAGACGGUGGGCAUGUUGUACUUUAUGCUGGGCCUCUCCUGGGAGCUCACGCUGCUCGCCUGUGUGGAGAUGCCCCUAGUGGCCGCGUUGCAGAACAACUACAACAAGUUCUCACAGGAUCUGACCCAGCAGCUGCAGGACUGUCAGGCGGAGACGCGAGAGAUGGCCAGCGAGGCCAUCGGGGCGGUGCGGACGGUGCGCAGCUUCCACGCCGAGAGCCAGGAGCUGGGGCGCUACGAAGAGGCCCUGAAGAGGAUGUCCCACAUCAAGAGGCGCAAGGGCAUCUACAGCGCCGUAUUCCUUCUGCUGAGGAGGAUGGUGACUGUUGGUAUAAAGGUGCUGAUGCUGCUGCAGGGACGAGUCCUCAUCUCCACCCAGCAGCUCAGCAUGGGGAGCCUGCUCUCCUUUGUCCUCUAUCAGAAAGACAUGGCCACUAAUAUGAAGCAUCUGGUGUACAUCUAUGGAGACAUGCUGAGCACCGCGACUUCGUCUGUCAAAGUGUUCCAGCUCCUCGACAGGAAACCUAAAAUGAAGGAGGAAGGCUCGUCGGCCCCCCAACAACUGAAGGGCAAACUAGCUUUUCACAAUGUCACUUUCUCGUACCCCUCUAGUCCGGACAUCCAGGCACUGAAGAAUGUCACACUGGAGGUGGGUGCAGGGAAAAUGACUGCGCUAGUUGGGCCCUCCGGUGGUGGGAAGAGCUCCUGUGUGAGUCUGCUGCAGCGCUUCUACGAGCCGCAGGAAGGAGAGGUGCUGCUGGACGGGAAACCCCUCCACUUCUACCCGCAGCAGUACCUACACAGCAAGAUGGCUAUGGUAUCCCAGAAUCCUGUUCUGUUCUCGGGCUCAGUCAGAUACAAUAUCAAGUAUGGCCUAAAGGGUUGCAGUGACGAACAGGUGGAGGAAGCAGCGAAGAGAGCCAACGCUGACAACUUCAUCUGCAAACUAGAGGAUGGCUAUAACACAGACGUGGGGGAGUGCGGAGGUCAGCUCUCCUCUGGCCAGAAGCAGUGCAUUGCCAUCGCCCGCGCCCUGGUGAGGAGACCGCAGAUCCUUAUCCUGGAUGAAUGCACCAGUUCCAUGGACGUCAACACACAGGAGGCUGUCCAGGCGGUUCUGAAUGGGGCAGAGGGCCAGACGGUGCUGGUGAUUGCCCAUCGGCUGCAGACAGUGGAGCGAGCGGACCACAUCAUCUUCAUGGACAACGGUGAGGUGCUGGAGCAGGGCACACAGCAGCAGCUCAUGGACAUGAAGGGACAGUACUACCGCCUCAAAGAGAAACUCUUCCAUGCUGACUGAGAGCCUGGAGCUGGAUCAGGCCAGACCAGACAAUGCUUUCUCGCUUCAGGAUGACAGAAAAACGAUGACAGAAACUCAAGCCUACGCCCACAAGCAGCCCUCCACUUGACAGAAGUACCACAGCAAAUUGCACAAAGAGUCUGGGUCAUUGAAUCUGCAAUAGGCUUUUCCAUCUCAAAGCGUUUAUCACACACCGGUAACCUUCUAAUGGUUUCCACUCACAUUUCAGCCAGAUUACCCCAUGGUUGUCUGCAUACGUGCAUUGUAAUGUACAGCACAUUUUCAGGUGAAUAUAGCCCCUAAGAGACAAGAAUACCUCCAGAGCUACUCCCUUCAUGAUUGCCAAUAUAGUCUCUUUCUCAUCAAAAUGCCAUUUUAUGCUGUAUUUGUAAAGUGAGAUAUGACAGAGGAGCUGGUCCAGAACUCUGGUAAAGCUGUGUUCAGUAUACAAGUAUACAAAACCAUGGUACUGCAGCCAUUGUACACAGACACAUACUGUUUCUCAUACUAGCAAGCAGACCCUCCCUGCCUCUCCCCUGCAUACAUUACAAGUGUAAAGACAGCAAACUCUUGAUCUUGGCCUUUGAGCAAAAUGUUGAUAUUAUCAAUGUAGGAGGUUCUACAUUCUAAACAUUCAUGAAUAAAACCAGCCUAUACUAGUUCCUACA